AUUUGUCAGUGCUGCAUCUGCAUCUAUAUUGAAAACUUUUGUUCUUCUAAAACAACCAAAUAACACUAAUUUCCCAAGCCCACACCCCCUCUUGUCUCCACGCACAGCCGCCUCUUCUCUAUUCUCUUCUGCGAUUGUGUCACUCCACUCUGCUUUGUCAUCUUCGUGCUCGCAUCAACGCCCUAGAUCCAAUCCAGAGACCCUAAAUCAUCAUCAUCGUCAUCAUUAUCUUCUCAUUUUGUGAUUCUACUACGGCAAAGAUCCCUAAGUCAUCGUUAUCGUCGUCUUGUUUUGUGAUUUCUUUACUGGUUUUCAUCAGUUCAUUAAGAGUUUUGAUCACAAACACGUUAGAAUUUCAACUUCAUCCCCUAAACAUCUGAGACGGGCGACAUUAAUUAUUCGUGUCGUGUUUCCUUCUAUUAUCCAAUUCAACAGUCUUUAAUUGGAACAUGCUUAUAAGCGAUUAUCUGAAAGCGAGGUGCCCAAUAAAGCAUUAUCAGUUUUGUUGAAAUGCUGCGAGUAGAGACUGGUGCAGUAAUGUUAGGAGUCAUAAAAAAGUUUUUUAUUGCAUCAUUGUUUAUGUGGGUAGCUCCAGUUUCGAUAUUAUAUGGUUUUAACCACAACUUAUUUCCUGGAUCAUCUCGUUUGUCUGACCAUUCUCUGACAUUGUUGAGCGGUUUCCUUGCCGUUAUAUCGGUGAAUAUGGUAAUUGCAUUCUACAUAUGCAUGGCAAUGAAGGAACCUGCGGCUAAACAUGAGCCAGAUCCUGCAUUUGUUGCAGAGGCAAAGGCUAGUGUAAACCAUUCUACUCCAGGUGAAGCGGAGGGUUCUUCCCUGUCCCGUGAGAAACGAGAGUAAGAUGUAACCAAAUUCAUGGCAUUUUCAGUCACUGGAAAGAAACAAUGUAAAGUGGGAAAAACUUAUGCAUAAAGAGUUUUAUCUUUUACUAUGCUGAAUUUCAAAUUCAAAGCCACAAGUUCUUGUAUUGUAUUAUGAUUUGAAAGUGUACAGGCACGAUUUGUUAGCCCACUAUAAUCACCAGUAGGGUGUGUAUUCAACAUGAGAGCCACCAAUAUUCUUUCAUGCUUUUGAUUUGAUUUGGAUUUGGAUGAAAUAUUAGUACAGUACUGUAACAUUUUAUUCAAAUUUACAUUCAAAUUUCAAA